UAAAGUCUGGUGUCAUCAGUGACCGUAAUCAGUGGCGAGAGGCUGCGGAUCGUCACUAUAAGACCAGAGCAGCCUCGUUCAGGGUAGAGCUUCAGUCUACAACCUCCGAGAACGGCUGAGGACGAGCUGCUGGUUGAAGGGAAACAUGGCGUCUGCAACGUGUUCAAGGCUUUCUUGGAUCUGUCUGCUGCUGUUCAGCGGUGGAGCUUGUUUUCCUGCUUCUAAAGACCAAAAGGAUCCCCACACUACUACUGGGGGCUCCAGUGGUGGAUCUGCUCCUGGAUCAGAUCUUAAGUCUGAGGGUUCACUUAUUCCUCUGGUCAACCAUUCAUUGGGACCAUCUGCCGAUUAUCAGCCAUCGGUGGUGUCCGCCCCCCAAGAGGCCAGCCCUUCCACUGGCAACAAGUCCCCAUCCAGUCCGCGAACACCUAGAGUGGCUGCAGGCUCCACACCAAGUUAUGAGCCUAACGGGUUUAUAGUUAGUCCUGAUUCCAUCGCUAUCAAGCCCGCCAGUGCUCCAGAAGCUCCUCCCGAGGGUGAGGCCUCUCCUCUGGCUAACGGCACUGGGAAGAGGCCUCGCAGCUCCUAUGUGCAGCCUCAGUCUGACAGCGGUGGUGCAGCAUUUGGCCCGGUCCAGGGCGCGCCUCCAUUUCUUCUACCUGGCUUGCUGUAUGCUGCUGCUGGGAACAAGGCUCCGACUUUGGAUUUUGGUGCUGGACCUGUUCCUUACAUCGGUUCUCCUGAAGCCUUUAGCUACAGCGCCGGUAACCCUGAAAUGAAAAGUGGUCAAGCAAGCGGUAACUCAGUGACUCCUGAAGGACUUGAUCCUGACUCUACUGCAAGCAUCAGGUUUAGUGCUCGACCUGCUGCUCCUGAGACCGAAGACUUUGGCAUCAUACCUACUUCUCCACCUGGCCUUCCUCGGGUCACUCGGCCUGCGAGAGGUGCUGGCUCAUACUACAACCCGACCGGUGGAUCUUAUUCUCCUGCAACCUCCAACCUUGGUAGUGGUUCUAUGUCUCCCCCUAUUCAGUCUUUUGGCUCUCGCCCUGCAGGAGGUGCUGGCUCAUUCUACAACCCGACAGGUGGAUCUUAUCCUCAUGUUCCUCCUGCAACCUCCAACCUUGGUAGUGUUUUUGGUUCCCCCCCUAUUCUAUCUUUUGACACUAAGCCUGCAGGAGGUUCUAGCACAUUCUACAACCCAAAUGGAUCUUAUCUUCCUCCUGCAACCUCUAGCCUUGGUGGUAGUUCUGGUUCUCCCCCUAUUCAGUCUUUUGGCACUCGCCCUGCAGGAGGUGCUGGCUCAUUCUACAACCCGACAGGUGGCUCUUAUGUUGCUCCUGCAACCUCCAGCCUCGGUAGUGGUUCUAGCUCACCCCCUGUUCAGUCUUUUGGCACUCGCCCUGCAGGAGGUGCUGGCUCAUUCUACAACCCAACCGGUGGCUCUUAUGUUGCUCCUGCAACCUCCAGCCUUGGUAGUGGUUCUAGCUCACCCCCUGUUCUGUCUUUUGGCACUCGCCCUGCAGGAGGUGCUGGCUCAUUCUACAACCCGACCGGUGGCUCUUAUGUUGCUCCUGCAACCUCGAGCCUUGGUAGUGGUUCUAGCUCACCCCCUGUUCUGUCUUUUGGCACUCGCCCUGCAGGAGGUGCUGGCUCAUUCUACAACCCGACCGGUGGCUCUUAUGUUGCUCCUGCAACCUCGAGCCUUGGUAGUGGUUCUAGCUCACCCCCUGUUCUGUCUUUUGGCACUCGCCCUGCAGGAGGUGCUGGCUCAUUCUACAACCCGACCGGUGGCUCUUAUGUUGCUCCUGCAACCUCCAGCCUUGGUAGUGGUUCUAGCUCACCCCCUGUUCUGUCUUUUGGCACUCGGCCUUCAGGAGGUGCUGGCUCAUUCUACAACCCGACCGGUGGCUCUUAUGUUGCUCCUGCAACCUCCAGCCUUGGUAGUGGUUCUAGCUCACCCCCUGUUCUGUCUUUUGGCACUCGCCCUGCAGGAGGUGUUGGCUCAUUCUACAACCCGACCGGUGGCUCUUAUGUUGCUCCUGCAACCUCCAGCCUCGGAAGUGGUUCUAGCUCACCCCCUAUUCUGUCUUUUCACAAUAAGCUUGCAGGAGGUGCUGGCUCAUUCUACAACCCGACUGGUGGAUCUUAUCCUCCUGCAACCUCAAACCUUAUUAGUGGUUUUGGUUCCCUCCCUAUUCUGACUUUUGACACUAAGCCUGCAGGAGGUGCUGGCUCAUUCUACAACCCAACAGCCGGAUCUUAUCCUCAUGCUGCUCCUGCAACCGCGAGCCUUGGUAGUGGAUCUGGUUCUCCCUCUAAUUGGCCUUUUGACAAGAGGCCUAUGGGAGGCGCUGAUUCACUCUACAACUGGAAGCCAUCACCUCUUCCGCCAACCUUCAUCGUCCAGUCCAGAAACGGCUACCAGCGAGCGCUGGAAGCCUCUUCCCACACCAGGUACUCCCCAGAGUACCCUAAACCAUCAGACUGAGGCAAAAGGAGGAAUGGGUGGUUAAUGAGACAGAGCUUCAGUCUUCC